AUGAUGUUAUCUUGGAAGGCCUCUUGCGCUCCGUGUUCCAGGGGUGUUUUCAGGUCAUUCUCCCGACAUGAAUCGUUACUCUCGAUCCGAGCGCAAACGUGGAGAUUAUCGCAUAAUGGAUACGCGAGGUUCUCCUCUUCAAGUACCAAUGGCUCUCCACACGAAGAGUCUCUUUCUGUCCCCGCCUCAUCUCGGUUCAACGAUAUCGGCGUCCAGCAAUUGAGCGACUAUGUCCAUGCCCAAGUGUUUCCGGCGAAAGGCCGUGUCCCAAAUCCCGAACUCGUCGCACUUUCAAAAGAUCACCUCGCGCGCCAUGAGCUUUUGGGCAAAUCGCAAACCGGCGCCAGCCCCAUCGCAUUCGAUCUUCCGGCUCUCAAGGGUGAAACAUUGGAUGAACAUUUCUACAAACUUGGAAUGGAUUGCUCUGAGCCGUAUUUGACUUACGCGAAAUCCUAUGCGGCCCUCAGUUGCCCACCGAAACCGCGCAAAUGGGUGAAACGCAGUGGUUGGACGAAAUACAACAAAGAUGGAACUUCGGAACCGGUCGAUGCCCCAAACGAAUCGAUGCUUACAUUUGACACCGAAGUCAUGUAUAAGCAAAACUCAUUUGCAGUCAUGGCCUGUGCUGUAAGUCCAACUGCAUGGUAUGCGUGGCUGUCGCCAUGGUUGCUUGGUGAAUCGGACAACGAAGUUCAGUUAAUACCUUUGGGAGACCCAUCUCAACCUCGCAUUGUGGUUGGGCAUAACAUCGGUUAUGAUAGAGCCCGCAUACUUGAGGAAUACGACAUGAAACAAUCUCAAAAUUUCUUCCUCGAUACCAUGUCCCUUCACGUGGCAGUCAAUGGCAUGUGCUCACAGCAACGACCAACCUGGAUGCGGCACAAGAAGAACCAAGACUUGAAGGACAAAAUUGCAAGUGAACACGAAUCUGUGGAGCUUGCAGCUCUUCUUGAAAACAACAUGUUAAGGGAGGAGGAAGAGGAGCUUUGGGUCGGCCGGAGCUCAGUGAACUCCUUGCGGGAUGUGGCCAAGUUUCACUGCGAUGUUACCAUUGACAAAGCGCAAAGAGAUCUUUUCGGCGAACUUGACCGUGACGCCAUCAAUGGCAGACUGGAAGAGCUUCUUGACUAUUGCGCCGCAGACGUUGCCAUAACGCAUCGCGUUUACCGCAAGGUUUUCCCCAACUACCUUGAAACAUGUCCACACCCUGUCAGUUUCGGGGCCCUCCGACACUUGUCGUCUGUGAUCUUGCCGGUCAACGAAACCUGGGAAGAGUAUCUUGUUCGUGCAGAGGAGACAUAUCACACGCGACUCGAGGGUGUCCAGCGGAAGUUGCAUGAACUCUGCGAUGAGGCCUUGAAAAAUAAAGACCAUCCUGAUAUCCACAUGAACGACCCUUGGCUGUGCCAGCUGGACUGGUCUGGCCAAGAGAUUAAAAUGGUUAAAGGGAAAAAGAAGAACGACCCACCUCGCCCAGCUGCCAGGCAGAAAAAACCAGGAAUGCCCAAAUGGUACAAGGAUCUUUUUCCGACCAGUGCUUCAGAUAUCAACUUGACAGUGCGAACCCGUAUCGCCCCCAUCCUACUCAAGCUUUCCUGGGACGGAUUUCCCCUCGUUUGGUCUGACAAGCAUGGAUGGACAUUCCGUGUACCCCGUGACCAAGUCAAACAGUAUGAUAACCAACCUGUCGUGAAGUGCGAUAUGACCGAGGAGAAAAUCAUUCAAUUGCGGGAGGACAGACAAGCGACAUACUUCAAAAUCCCUCAUAAGGAUGGCCCGCAGGCUAGAUGCACCAACCCUUUAGGAAAAGGGUAUAUGCAAUACUUUGAGCGUGGGAUACUCUCAUCCCAGUAUGAGCUUGCCAAGGAAGCGCUUGAAAUGAAUGCAUCAUGCUCCUACUGGAUUAGUGCCCGAGAUCGAAUCAAGGGCCAGAUUGUGGUCUAUGAAGACCAAGUGAAGAACAAAAAAGUCAAAGAGGAAACGAGCGGCCAUCGUGUCGGCUUCAUUCUACCCCAAGUCAUUCCCAUGGGGACGAUUACUCGGCGUGCAGUGGAAAACACUUGGCUUACGGCAAGCAAUGCCAAGGCCAAUCGUGUUGGUUCAGAGCUCAAGGCCAUGAUCAAAGCACCACCGGGCUACUCAUUUGUUGGUGCUGAUGUAGAUUCCCAGGAAUUAUGGAUCGCCAGUCUCGUUGGAGACGCUCCCUUCCAGAUUCAUGGAGGAAACGCCAUUGGGUUCAUGUGCCUCGAAGGCUCUAAAGCCGAGGGAACUGACCUUCACUCACGCAGUGCUUCGAUUCUGGGCAUAUCGCGUAACGAUGCUAAGGUCUUCAACUAUGGUCGAAUUUACGGAGCCGGUGUCAAGUUCGCUGCUACCUUACUCCGCCAGUUCAACCCGUCCCUUACUGAAAGACAAACCCAAGAGACUGCUCAGAAUUUAUACAAGGAGACCAAGGGCACACGUACCUCACGUCGCUUGCUGAGUGAGACGCCUUUCUGGCGCGGUGGCACGGAAUCCUUUGUAUUCAACAAGCUCGAAGAAUUCGCAGAUCAGGAGCGGCCUAGGACGCCUGCCUUAGGUGCUGGGAUCACUGAAGCACUCAUGAGGCGUUUUAUCAACAAGGGUAGCUUCAUGACGUCUCGCAUCAAUUGGGCCAUUCAGUCGUCUGGUGUUGACUACCUUCAUCUCUUGAUCGUUGGCAUGGACUAUCUCAUCCGGCGUUUUGAGAUCAAGGCUCGAUUGGCAAUCACCGUCCACGAUGAAAUCCGCUAUCUUGUGAAGGACGAAGACCGAUACCGUGCCGCGAUGGCAUUGCAAAUUGCUAACGUUUGGACUCGCGCCAUCUUCUCACAACAAGUGGGCAUCGAUGAUCUUCCGCAGUCUUGCGCCUAUUUCUCGGCAGUCGACAUCGAUCAUGUGCUUCGCAAGGAAGUCGAUAUGGAUUGUGUCACUCCCUCCCACCCACACAAAAUUCCACAUGGCGAAACUCUUGACAUCGCCGAACUUCUGAAAAAGAAUCAGGAGGCAUUCUUGGAUCCCUCUAUCACCCCCACGUCACCUCCUCACCCCGAACAAUACAACUAUACGCCACGGGAGUCAGUCAUGUCUGGCUUGCAAGCCUCCAAUGAUGUUGAUUUCAUUAAGGCACAGAUCACCAAGGAUGACAAAGAACUCCGUGAAAUCAUCAAAGAGAAGACUCGGGCAGCCACUAGCUCCAACCCCCCUACCUCUCGCUCCUCCACCAAAACAAACGCAAAAUCUACGCAACGCCCCUCCUCCAAACCACAGCGAGCGGUCAUGAUGGAAAUGGACUCAGGCCUUUAUCCUGAUUUCCACAGUCCUCCCCGAACCAGCAUUUCCCAUGGGAACAAGCCACCCCACAUGGGAUUCCAGCGCCCUUCAUGGAAGCCUCGGCCCACUGCUCGAGCCUAG